CAAGAGCUAAUAGAGGAGCUUGGGACGGUUGAGGCAGAGAUACUUUGCCUUGAGAAACGAAUCCAAGACUUGAAACUUGAUGUGCAUAGUGAGAGGAAAGAGAAUCAAGAACUUGAAGCCAAUCUUGAUGGAGAGGAAGAAGAAGAGAGGAUGAUGACUCCUAAGAGACUACUACUAAGGCAGAAUCAUCUUCCUUGCAACGCUGACAAUGCCAUUACAAAGAUGAGACCGGAAGAUCUAAAACAAAGAUACAAGUCCUAUAGUUGUGAAAAUCCUCAUCUUAUCAAGGAUAUUCAAAACAACAGUCUUGGCACUCACGCAUCAAUUGGAUCAUCCAUGGAAUUCUCAUCAAGAAGCCACUCUUCAACUUUUUAUGAUGGAACAUCAAGAACGCAAGAGAAGAAGAAGAACGUGCAAGAGACGACACCAAAUGGAAUAUCAGAAGAUCUGGUGAAGUGCUUGAUGGGAAUCUAUCUUGAACUCAACAGGUCAUCGCGUGAGCGAGAAGGGUCGAGAACGGUUUCAAAGCUGAGCCUCUCACACUUGAAGAACGCUUCUUUCAAACGCAAAUCGGUGUAUGAUCAGAACGCAUCCAAUCUUGAUCCUUAUGGAGUUGUGAUGGGGACUUCUUUCAGGGACAUUGGAGAGUACAAGAACUUUAUUCACAUUACUCGAACCUCCAUUGAUGUUAGCCGUUUAUCUGAUUGCUCAACUUCUAUUGUCAAUCUAAGGGUUUUGAAGGAGAAGUUGAGCAAAGUUGAUUUGAGUUUCUUGAAUCACAAGAAAAAGAUGGCCUUCUGGAUCAAUACCUACAAUGCAUGCGUCAUGAAUGGAUUUCUAGAACAUGGGUUACCUUCAUCAAAGGAGAAACUACUGACCAUUCUAAAAAUGGCGACAAUUGACGUGGGAGGAACGCAACUGUCUGCUCUCGAUAUCGAAGGAUCCAUCUUGCAGAGUCCAUGCGAACCAAGAGAAACUGUUUCAACUGGUGAAAACGAAGCAAGACUACAGAAACGGUACGGUUUCAGAUGCAUAGAACCAAACCUAAUGUUCGUGCUUUGUCGUGGAGAUUGGUCUUCACCUGCUUUGAGAGUCUAUACUGCAGAAGAUGUGGUGAACGAACUAAUCAAAGCAAGAACAGAGUAUUUAGAAGCUUCAAUAGGUAUCUCAGGGAGGAAAAAGAUUGUGAUUCCAAGAUUCUUGCACAAGCGUUUUCGAGAUUUUGCGGAGGAUGAAGGGUCAUUAGUUGAAUGGAUAUGCAGCCAAUUACCUCCAGUUCAACGUUGCUUGCAGGUCAAGGAAACAGCGGUCGAGUGGUUGAAAAAGAAAGGUGAGUCGUCUUUGAACAAAUUGGUAGAAGUGAGGCCUCAUGAAUACGAGUUUCGAUAUCUCUUGCCUUUGUAGAUGUAAAUGCUUCACUUGGUUGUUUUGGAGCAUGAAAUGAUGUUGUUCUAUAUAUGUGUUUCAACAUGUGUGCAAAGAAAAAUAUUGGUUUUGUGAAUUUUGAUUAAUUUGAUUUUUUGAAAAUUCAUUUGACUCAACAAUCACGGUCAAAUCUUCUGUCCCUGUUUUAGCUUCAUUUGCAUGAUAUCGCAAAUAACUUUCCAAUCACUAAUUUAUAUUUGCUCUAUUUCAGUUUAAAUAUAUUUGUUGGUGAGUGAUCUAAUCUUGUAACAAUGGGUUAGUUAUUAGCUUGUUACUCGGGUAGUUAGAGUUAGUUAAGUUUGGUUGAACCGGUUAGGUGUUAUAUCCGGUUUAGCUUAAUUGAUUCAGAGAGACUUGUAAACCCCCUUGGUUAUAUAAAAGGGGAUGAGAGAUAGAGUAACAAGAGAGACGUUAGCUAAAACAGAAAGAGAGAGAAGACGACUUGUGUAGCUCCGGUGAUCUUCAUCUUCUCCGUUUUGGAGAGGUGCCUUUGUUCUAGUGGAUUUGCUAGACUGAGUCUGGCCCCAGGGAUUAGUACUCCACAUCGGAGUGAUACCCUGGGUAAACAAUCGGAUCUGUGUCGUUCUUGUAUGCUUUCUUUAGAGUAUCUUUAGCUAUAGCGUUCUUGAGAGUUGAGAGGAUCACACGAGUGUCUCAACCGAUCGAAGUAGACUUCUGAUUCAUCUCGAAUCAGAGGCGUUCCGCACAACAAGUGGUAUCAGAGCCAGGCUGUCAAG